GCACUUCAAAUAUCAAAAGCUUGUCGUCUAGCAAAGAAAUGUUAUCCUUCAAAAAUGCCCGAGCAACCAACUGACUAUCGUGUUGCUGUAUUCGGUGCUGGUGGCGUAGGCAAAACCUCGCUUGUUCUGCGCUUCGUCCGAGGGACCUUCCGGGAGACCUACGUGCCAACCAUAGAAGAUACUUACAGACAGGUGAUCAGCUGUAAUAAGCAAGUCUGUACUUUGCAGAUUACUGACACAACAGGAAGUCACCAGUUCCCAGCCAUGCAGCGCCUCAGCAUGAGCAAAGGACAUGCAUUCAUUCUCGUUUAUUCAGUUACCAAUCAGUCGUCAUUUGAAGAGCUCCCUCAUUUGUAUAAUGAAUUAACCAUCAUCAAACGUGAAGAAUUAGCCCGCGUGCCCAUUAUGUUAGUCGGUAAUAAAAUCGAUGAAGGUGAGUCACGGGAAGUCAGUACCGCUUUGGGCAAGGCACUGUCGCAAAAGUGGAAAUGUGGAUUUAUGGAAACUUCAGCCAAAACAAACACCAAUGUGAAAGAAGUAUUCCAAGAGUUGCUGAGAAUGGAAACACGACAAAAUAUGGCACUGGUUGGUGAAGUCAAGCAAAAAAGUGGGUUGGCCAAGCUCUUUAGGAGGAGAUAUACUACCACUACUGAAACUUCACCAAGUUUUUCGUCGGAUAACGUGCUCGAUUCUUCAGAUGUUCCACGACAAAUGAAUACACAACCGUCUGCUGGAAGUUCAAAAGAACGAAAGCCUUCCAAAAUUCGACGAUUUCUAAGGCAGCACUCAAGUGCAGAUUUGAGUUCAAACAAAGGAAGCGAAAACAGUUCUGAGACAACAUGA